UGGGUUUCAUAUUUGAUAUACACUCACAAUUAUCAAACAUGGAUUCCAAAGCCUCUUCCCUCCUCUUCUUUGCUCUCUUCCUCGCCUUCUUCUCCGCCGCCUUGGCCUUCAACAUCACCAUGCUUCUCGAUCGCCACCCAGAUUUCAGUUCCAUGAAUGACUAUUUAUCAAAGACCCAACUGGACAAACAAAUCAACAGCCGCAACACCAUCACUGUCCUUGCAGUAGACAACAAAGCCAUUGCUGGUCUCUCUGGACUGAACUUGGAUGAGGUCAGGAAGAUCCUGAGCGUCCACGUGGUGCUUGACUACUAUGAUGUUCAGAAACUCAGCACUCUAACAAAGAAAUCCACCCUCCUCACCACCUUGUUCCAAGCCAGCGGUACUGCCAUGAACCAACAAGGGUUUGUGAAUGUUUCAAUCAUCAAUGAGGGUGAGAUUGCAUUUGGGUCAGGUGUAAAGGGCUCUAAACUUGACUCUAAGCUCGUUAAAUCUGUGGCGGCUCAGCCUUUUAACAUCUCUGUGCUUCAAAUUUCAUCUGCUAUUGUACCUCCUGGUAUUACUGUAGCUAACCCACCAGGUGCUUCACCGCCACCAACAAAUGCUCCCACACCUGGUAAGGCUCCAACACCUGGUAAAGCUCCUGCACCAGCUGGUAAUGCUCCUGCUCAGUCUCCAUCAAAUAACCCAGUGCCAGAGGCUCCUUCACCCACUGGAGCAGGUACUCCUGAAGAGUCACCUGCACCAGUGGCUGAUACACCAGCAGAGGCUGAUACACCAGCAGGAGCUGAUACACCAGCAGAGGCUGAUACACCAGCAGGAGCUGAUUCACCAGCAGAAGCUAAUGCUCCUGCAACCGCAGACUCUCCAGGAUCUGAAUCUGCUGAAGCUCCAGCUCCAGAAGCAAGCACAACCGCAUCAGCUUCUUCACGCACCACUGUGGCUUCUGGUGUUGUAUUUGGGGUGGUGAUGGGUUUGGUUUCAUCUUUGGUGGCUUAAUUUCUUACUGUUAAUUUUUUUUUUUUAAAUAACAAUUUUUGCAAUUAAAUUCAUGCAUGUACGUGAGACUGAGAGAGAGAGAGAGAGAGGGGGGGGACGAGAAAGGUGAAGUGCGAACAAGCUGGUUGGAACUUGGAAAGAUGGGAAAUUGGGAGGGUAGAAAGUAAAAACUCUUGUACCCAAUGUAUUACA